CUCUGUCGCUUUUGCAGUACGCGUUGAAGUCUCUGGCUCCCCCACUACCCUUUAGACUCUCUCUCUCCCCAUCUCUCUCCAAAAUAUAUCGUCUCUGUUGAUCUUUCCUUCAACCCUGUGGCAUUGAUUCUCUGAAUGCCCAAUCCACACCACCCCAGCUCAAUAGACCCUCUCUCUAAACAGGGUUUUUCUCAAGAAAGGAAUCAAUUUACCUAAAAGGGUUUCUUUUGACACAUACAUUUCUUAUAUUAUAUUUGGAUAGAUAUAUAUAUAUAGGUGUUGUUUGUGUAUCGUUUACUGGCAUUCUUUAAUGUGGGGUUAGUGUUUCUUGUGAUGGGUGUUUAAGAGAGUGGGCUAAAGAAGAGAAAAAGCUGUGCUUAUUCUUGAUGGGUUCUGAGUGAUUGUGUGUGUGAGUGUGUGAAAAAGCGAGAGAGAGAGAGUGAUUGUGUUGAGGUUUGAUGGAUACCAAAGGACGACUCAUUGCGGGUUCACACAAUAGGAAUGAGUUUGUUCUCAUCAAUGCUGAUGAGAUUGGAAGAGUCACAUCUGUAAAAGAAUUGAGUGGGCAGAUUUGCCAGAUUUGUGGAGAUGAGAUUGAAAUUACAGUGGACGGGGAACCAUUUGUUGCCUGCAACGAAUGUGCAUUCCCUGUUUGUAGGUCUUGCUAUGAGUAUGAAAGAAGAGAGAGCAAUCAGGCUUGCCCUCAAUGCAAAACUAGAUACAAGCGCAUCAAGGGGAGUCCCAGAGUUGAAGGUGAUGAAGAAGAGGAUGAAUUUGAUGAUUUGGAUGAUGAGUUUGAUUUUAGGAGCAAUGAUCGGAGAGACCCUCAACACAUUGCAGACGCAGUGCUCUCUGCUCGCCUUAACACGGGCCAGGGUGCCCAAGCCAAUGCUUCUGGGGUCACUAUCCCGUCAGAGAUGGAUUCCUCUUCCAUUUGUCCUGGAAUCCCUCUCCUGACCUAUGGGGAAGAGGAUGCGGAAAUUUCCUCUGACAAGCAUGCUCUUAUCAUUCCCCCAUUCAUGGGUCGUGGAAAGCGAGUACAUCCUAUGCCAUUUCAUGAUUCCUCCAUGUCUUUGCCACCGCGAUCAAUGGAUCCUAAAAAAGACUUAGCAGUUUACGGGUAUGGUACUGUUGCAUGGAAGGAAAGAAUGGAGGAGUGGAAAAAAAGGCAGAAUGGUAAACUAGAGAUGGUUAAGCACCAAGGAAAAAGUGGGGGUGGGAACAAAGAUGGAGAUGAGCAGGAUGAUCCCGACUUGCCUAAGAUGGAUGAAGGCAGGCAGCCUCUUUCGAGGAAGUUACCAAUUCCUUCAAGCAAGAUAAACCCAUACAGAUUGAUUAUUUUACUCCGACUUGUGAUUCUUGGAUUCUUUUUCCACUAUAGAAUCCUCCACCCAGUCCAUGAUGCUUAUGGAUUGUGGCUAACAUCUAUUAUAUGUGAGAUAUGGUUUGCCAUAUCAUGGAUAUUUGAUCAGUUCCCAAAAUGGUUCCCAAUUCAGCGUGAAACAUACCUCGAUAGACUAUCACUAAGGUAUGAGAAAGAAGGGAAGCCAUCUGAGUUAGCUGCCGUUGACGUAUUUGUAAGUACAGUCGAUCCUAUGAAAGAGCCUCCACUCAUCACCGCAAACACGGUUCUGUCUAUCCUUGCUGUGGAUUAUCCAGUCGACAAGGUUGCAUGCUAUGUCUCAGAUGAUGGUGCUGCUAUGCUCACUUUCGAAGCCCUCUCUGAGACAUCUGAAUUUGCAAGGAAGUGGGUCCCUUUCUGCAAGAAGUUCAACAUUGAGCCUCGGGCCCCGGAGUGGUAUUUUGCUCAGAAGGUUGACUAUCUGAAAGACAAAAUACAUCCAACAUUUGUGAGGGAGCGUCGUGCAAUGAAGAGGGAAUAUGAAGAGUUCAAAGUUCGGAUAAAUGGGUUAGUUUCCAUGUCACAAAAGGUUCCUGAGGAAGGUUGGACAAUGCAGGAUGGGACUCCAUGGCCAGGGAAUGAUGUCAGGGACCAUCCUGGAAUGAUCCAGGUCUUUUUGGGUCAUAAUGGUGUUUGUGAUGUUGAAGAAAAUGCAUUACCACGUCUCAUCUAUGUUUCCCGUGAGAAGAGGCCAGGAUUUGAUCACCACAAAAAAGCUGGGGCCAUGAAUGCUCUGGUGCGUGUCUCUGCAGUCGUAUCAAAUGCUCCUUACCUUCUGAAUGUUGAUUGUGAUCACUAUAUAAACAAUAGUAAGGCACUUCGGGAAGCUAUGUGCUUCAUGAUGGACCCCACCUCGGGGAAAAAAAUAUGCUAUGUGCAGUUUCCUCAAAGGUUCGAUGGGAUUGAUCGUCAUGAUAGAUACUCAAAUCGCAAUGUCGUGUUCUUUGAUAUCAAUAUGAAAGGCCUUGAUGGGAUCCAAGGACCAAUUUAUGUUGGAACUGGGUGUGUUUUCAGGAGGCAAGCACUCUAUGGAUAUGAUGCUCCCGUUAAAAAGAAACCCCCAGGGAAGACAUGCAAUUGUUGGCCAAAAUGGUGUUGCUGUUGUUUUGGAUCUAGAAAGAAGAACAGGAAAAGGAAAUCAAAGGAGAAAAAGAAGAUAAAGAGCAGCGAGACUUCAACACAAGUACAUGCACUUGAAAAUAUAGAAGAAGGAAUCGAAGGAAUAGAUAAUGAAAAAUCUUCCCUAAUGCCCUUGAUAAAAUUUGAGAAAAAAUUUGGACAGUCUCCUGUUUUCAUUGCUUCAACACUUUUAGAAGAAGGUGGUGUUCCACCUGGAGCCACGUCUGCAUCACUCUUGAAAGAGGCCAUUCAUGUCAUUAGUUGCGGUUAUGAAGAUAAAACAGAAUGGGGCAAAGAGGUGGGUUGGAUAUAUGGUUCUGUUACUGAGGAUAUAUUAACUGGUUUCAAGAUGCACUGCCAUGGCUGGCGAUCAGUGUAUUGCAUGCCCCGAAGGCCUGCAUUUAAGGGAUCAGCCCCUAUAAACCUAUCAGAUCGUCUGCACCAGGUUCUCCGGUGGGCCCUGGGAUCUGUCGAGAUUUUCUUGAGCAAGCAUUGUCCAAUCUGGUAUGGAUAUGGAUGCGGUUUGAAACCACUGGAGCGGUUUUCAUACAUAAAUUCAGUUGUUUAUCCAUUGACAUCCAUUCCCUUGAUCGCUUAUUGUACACUGCCAGCUGUCUGUCUCCUCACUGGGAAGUUUAUCGUCCCAGAGAUUAGCAAUUAUGCCAGCAUUGUGUUCAUGGCCCUCUUUGUAUCAAUUGCUGCAACUGGUAUUAUGGAGAUGCAGUGGGGAGGCGUAGGCAUCGAUGACUGGUGGAGAAAUGAACAGUUUUGGGUGAUUGGUGGUGUCUCAUCACACCUUUUCGCACUCUUCCAAGGUCUUCUUAAGGUUUUGGCAGGGGUCAAUACGAACUUCACUGUCACAUCCAAAGCAGGAGAUGACGGGGACUUCUCCGAACUGUAUCUCUUUAAGUGGACAACAUUGCUGAUCCCUCCCAUGACUUUGCUGAUUAUAAACAUAAUUGGAGUCAUGGUUGGGGUGUCUGAUGCCAUCAACAAUGGUUACGAGACAUGGGGCCCUCUAUUCGGUAAGCUGUUAUUUGCUUUCUGGGUCAUUGCCCAUCUUUAUCCCUUCCUAAAAGGAUUCAUGGGGAAACAAGAUAGGCUUCCCACCAUUAUUUUGGUAUGGUCAAUUCUUCUGUCUUCAAUUUUCUCACUUUUAUGGGUCCGAAUCAACCCAUUUUUGUCGAGAGGCGGUAUUGUACUAGAAGUUUGUGGAUUGGAUUGCGACUGAGACACACAACACAUAAGAGUUUUAGAUGGUUCAAAGUUAUAUGUAGAAAGAUUGUUUGGCAAUGACUGCGGAGGGCUGCAUCUUGGAGGCGAACAUCCAACGACAUUUCCCCACACGGUAUGUAUGAUUGUUGACGAGAAUGAUCACUAGGUAUAAAUGAAAUGCAAAGUAAAUUCUGGGUGGGGUGUGUGUGUGUGUGUAGAUAAAAGGACUACGACCUGACACAUUGAUAUUUGUUUUUGUAAAAUUAUUAUUGAUUCUUUAUUUAAAACAUUAGUUUUGAGGGUUUCAGAAGAUAGAAUCUGGAUUGUGCGCAGGAAAGUUGGUAUUUUUCUUUUCUCAUAAAUUAUUGUCAUGUCCUAAAAAGGGACUUGUUAUUUGCUGUUUCCAAGCUUUUUUAGCUUUCAUUUUUCAAGAACUUUUUCAUCAUUCUUGUUCA